AUGGCAAGCCUAUCAGCCAAAGACAUGGGAAAGGAUCAAGUGCUGGAUGGCUGGUGCCGCAAGAUCCCCAAAUCUGGGGGUGGGCCUCCUCUGAGCCGCAAACGAGUCACAGAAUUUUAUCAGACAUGCCAUCAACUCAUCCAGCUUCAAGAAGCACCAAUUACCCAUGAGGUCAUCACUAAACUUGCCUCUGAAGGAGGCCUUACCCGCGUCGCAGAGCUUGUCAAGCUCGCUGAGCUAUCUUCAACGCCUAGGGAGACGAACGACAUCUUACUGACCAUCCUGAUACCGUUCCUUGAGGCCAUUACCCACAAAGAUGUCUUAUACUCCAUGAUGCUCGAGCAGAUGGUGGCCAAUAUAUAUGUCUUCUUGUAUGGAAUAGGCGGCCGUCGAGCCACAGCGCUCUUCGGCUUUAUAGCAGAGGCCCUUCAAGCCGAGCUAAACACGGGCCCUACGAAUGCACUUUACUCGCGCACUCUCACCGUCCUUGCCGCACUUCUCCGAGUCCUGGAGUGCAAUCAUACUGCGUCUCCCUUAGAAGACCUCCGCUUCGUCGUUGACACCCUUCAAGCCUGCCUCGACGCACUAUCGAACACUUUCCAGGGCACUUUGAUGGAACAGGCCGCUUCACACCAAAUGACGAAGGUGCGGCGUCAUCUGGACUAUGGAGUGAGCUUGGUACCCUUCCAGCAAACCAACCCACCGGUUCCAAACCUUGCAGCCGCCUUCGAGAUUGCGCAAGAUGGCCCUGGUGCCCUGUCUUUAGCGGGGCCUAGGCAUGACAACGACCAUAGCAUGAUUGAAGAUGUCAGAAUACUACCAACUCCUCAGGAGAUUUACUCACUUCGUACGGAAUAUCUCCCGACAAAGGACCCCAGCAGGUGGCAUCUUCCCGGCAUCAAAGGGCUGCUGGACCAGCAAUUUCGUCUGUUGCGCGAGGACACUGUGGGUCAGCUCAGAGACUGCGUUCGAACGGUAAUGGAGAGCCUGAAGCCUCUCAAGACCAGAGAUUUGACGGAUACUGACGAUGAGAUCGGCCUUCGCAUUCACAAAUACUCCAAAGUUGUCCUUUCCACUGUCGACUACCACAAAAGAGCACAGCUUCGGGUUAUGGCCCAGUUUCAACAGCCAGAGCAUAUGAGCAGACGAACUGCCGCAGACCGUAGGCUAUGGUGGGACAGAUGCAAGCAACUACAAAUUGAUGCUCUCGUGUGUCUUGUGGAUUCUGAAGGCCAUUGCCUUUUCUUCUCCGUUUACGAUCGAAAGGGUUUCAGCCAAGCUGGGCAGCUAAUCACCACAGAAGCCCGUGGCAUUGAAGGCAAAUCGCGUGAAGAUGAGACGAAAGUACCAAAUCUCUGGCAUAGUCCCCGGCGUGGAACGGUCACGCUUCGCUUAAUUGAUAUGGGCAACCAAGACUUCAAGCAAAUGUUGGGCAGAGAUGUUCAGGCGUCGAACGUGGAACAAGUGAUCGUCGAGUUUCCAGGGGUGCUUCUUCCAUCAUUUCAGCCCACGCUCGAGGCCUUACAGCGUAUGAGCAGAGAUGUCGAAAUUCCAUUUUCCGACAUGCUUCUUCCCAACCAAGAACCAAGCCCAGCUCAGACAUCUUGGCCCACCUACGCUACUCAACCUGGUUUUGCUUUCGACUUAAGUCCGAUAGUCGCUGCAGGAAAGCCUUUAUACUUGCAACAGAACGAUAAAUUCGACUUCGACAGCCUGAAAGAACGAUCUACACUGGACGAUGCUCAAUGCAAGGCAUUGGUGGGGGCACUUUCCAGGAACCUUGCCCUCGUACAAGGCCCACCAGGGACCGGAAAAUCGUACAUCGCUGUACAGGCCGUCAAAGUACUGUUGGAAUGCCGCGAAGAAGCGGAGAUAAACCCUAUUAUUUGCGUAUGCUACACCAAUCACGCGUUGGACCAAUUUCUCGAGCAUCUCGUAGAGGGCGGCACUAAGCAAAUCGUUCGUAUAGGCUCCAGAUCCAAUUCUACAAUACUCAAGCCUUUCACUCUACGUGAGAUCACCACUAAGAUGGAGAGAACGAAGACUGAAAACCUCGAAGUCAAGCGUUCCCGGGGAAAAUUAGAGAAAGAGGGUAGGCACAUUGUGGACUUGUUCCACAAAUUGAAGCAUGUGUGCACGUUGGGGGGGGUAUUGCAGUACCUGGAGGUGGAGAAUGCUGACCACUACGACCAACUCAAGGGUACCGAGGAUCCAGACGGAUUUCAGAUUGUUGAACAUCAACGUGGUGACCGACUUAAGCAGUGGCUUGAAUCUCCAGCUGCUCCUUCGUACGCGGGGCAGCAGCCCCGUUCUCUAGAAGAGCUCGAGGACAUCAAUAUAACGGAUAUGAGCAACAAUGAGCGCAAAUUUAUCUACGAGCAUUGGGUUUCGGAUUCUCGGCAAGAUCUCACGGAGCAGCUUGACGACAAAAUUGGUAGAUAUGUCAAGAUCGAAAAGAACUUACAGAAGUGUAUUCAAGAAGUCGAUUUGAGAUGCUUGAAACAAUCCCACGUGAUUGGGGUCACAACUUCCGGACUGGCCCGUAAUGUUGACCUGCUUCGACGACUGAAACCCAAAGUUCUGAUCUGCGAAGAGGCAGGAGAGAUACUCGAGGCUCAUACUCUUACCGCGUUCCUCCCUUCGAUUGAGCAUGCGAUCCUGAUUGGAGACCAUGAGCAACUUCGUCCAGGUGUGCAGAAUUACGACUUGUCACUCGAAAAUCCGCGCGGUGAGAAGUACUCGCUAGAUAUGUCCACCUUCGAGCGCUUGAUUACGAAUCCUGACUUGGAGGUCCCUUAUGAUACCCUCCAGACCCAACGGCGUAUGGACCCGUCGAUCAGCGACCUGAUUCGGAAAACUCUAUACCCGUCAUUGAAAGAUCACGACUCAGUCCUAGCAUAUCCUCCUGUGACAGGAAUUCGAAAACGCCUCUACUGGCUUGAUCAUCGAGAGCCCGAGACUAGAGAAGACCCCACCCAAGUGCUGCAAAACUCACAAUCAAACAUGUACGAAGUGGAUCUAGUCCAAGCAUUAGCAACACAUUUUGUCCGUCAAGGUGUCUACAAGAGCAACGAUAUUGUGAUUCUUACUCCCUAUGUGCGCCAGCUACUCGAGCUUCGGGACAUGCUGUCAAAUACCUUCGAGAUUGUCAUCGGAGAUAAAGACCAAGAUGAAAUUGCCAAAGAAGGCCUUGAUGCAUCCGACACUGGGCCUAUUGUCAGGCAUAAAGCCAUGCUAAAGCAGAUGAUGCGCAUCUCGACGGUCGACAAUUUCCAAGGAGAGGAGUCCAAGAUUGUCAUCGUAUCGCUCGUCCGAAGCAAUCGAGAGAAGCGAUGUGGAUUUCUGCGAACCAGUAAUCGGAUCAAUGUCUUGUUGAGCCGUGCCAAAUACGGAAUUGCGGUCUCCAGCUCGACUGUGGCCACCUCUGCACAUAUAAAUGUCAUUCCGAAACCCGACAUCAAUCUGUCAUCUGCCGCGAGCCUUGUGAGCGCCUUCAUGGUGACUGCGGUCACCUUUGCACCAGCUGUGGGCACAAGACCUUCGUCAGGUGUGGUCAGGAAAUUUCGAAUACACCUACUAAAUGCGAAACGCAGUGUGGCGUGGAUCUUGCUUGUGGGCACCAAUGCUGCAAGCCAUGCGGCUACCGCAUUUUGCCAGCAGUGUGCAUCUACCACCGUCAAGCAAACAUAUGUCGACUUUGGAAGCUUAGUCGCAGUUGGAACUCUGACAUAUCAAGGGAUCGACUUGGACGAGACACCCGUCAUUGUGCCGGCUUGUGGCCAUAUCAUCCUAAUGACUACGAUGGAUCAACUCAUGGGUAUUUCUGAUCAUUAUGAGGUGUCUAGUAGCGGAGUGCCGGUCGCUUUUCGCUCGGAGUCUCUACCUCUAGCGGUCAAGGAAUCGAAAAGCUGUCCUCAAUGCCAAGGCCCACUGCGCGAUCUCAACCGCUACAAUCGUCUCGUUAAACGGCCCACACUCGAUGAAAGCACCAAGAAGUUUAUUGUUCAUUCAAACAAGGUUUUAGUCCCCUUGGCUACCAGACUUCAACAAGAGGAGACUCGCCUCGCCAAGACCAAAUCGACGAUGAGCGCCGGUACGACAGCUGUUCAAUCCAAAUUUACCUCUAUCGUGCCAACGCUCGUACGGCUUGGCGGUCCCAGAGGUGUGUUGUUCCACAACAUCAGCGAGCUAUCCGGUCUCGGCUCUCGAUGCGGACCUCUGCUUGCAUUGCACCAUGAGAUACUCACCUUCUUGGGGCGAGUCAGAGAAGAUGAGCAGCCCUUCGCAGAGAUCCAAUGGACGGUGGCUCAACGACCCCAUGCGAUGCAUAGAGCUACAGUACUUCAGACAACAAGCAGUCUGCUUACAAAGGGUCUUCUACUACGUUGCGAAUACGAUAUCCUGACCGAGAUCAUCAAGAUUCAUAGGGAACAAACCCCUAGGAUGGCGACACAGCAUCAUUGGCUCACAUCAAAGCUGUGUCUUGACCUGGACUUCAACCGUCGGGAUUGUCGCGAUUUGAUCAACGAAGCAAUCCAGAAAAGCCAUCCCAUCAUAGACAUCGAGGCUCGUCUGCUCCUUGCUAAGUUCGUCGCUUUGGAGAGAAUAGCGUCAAUUGAUCCGGACAGAAUCGAGGGUCUACUCCCUCAAGCUCGUCGACAGAUGGAGAUAGCCAAGCAUAUAGCGAAAAAUUCGCCCAUCCUCGAACAACCAGAUUCACCGGAUCUGAAAGUAGAAAACCAAAGACUGGAAAAGGAAAUGCAGAAACACAGCAUGCGGGAGGGUGAAAACAAUGUGAGAUGUAAAGUACUAGAUUGCACCAAGCUUUUCGCCGGAGCGGUCUUCUGGCGGAAGCAUGUUGAGAAGCGCCACCCCCAGUGGUACGAAAAAAUGAAAGCGAGCGUAAGCUCCAGUGCUUCCAGCUUACUUGCGGAGGUUGAAGAGAUGGAGAAGAUGUUGCAGGAGGUUACGGUUUCUAUGAUUGUGACCAGUGCAGAGAAACAGGCGAUGUAUCUCGUAAUGGCUCAGGACUACGAAGGUGCGGGAAGAUGGUAUCAUUGCUUUAAUAUGCAUGCGGUGAGAAUAACCUUCCAAGUCCUAACGCGCAAGCUAACAGUCACUCAGUUCACGAUAGAAAAUCGCGAGGCGCGCGUGGGCACAUUGAAGUGCCCGCAAUGUGGGGAACUUGUAGCUGGGCCGUCUCAGGAAGUGGUCGAGGAAGUGCCGAACGCUGUCGAUGUUGAACACCAGUCCAGGGAUAUGAUACUGUCGGCGCAAUUUGAGCUGCUGGAAAUGGGAAUGUGA